AUGAGGACCUCCACCUUCAUCCUCGCCGCCUCGGCCGCCCUGGUCGCCGCCCAGGACAUCAAGCCCUUCAUCCCCCAGUGCUCCCACAAGUGCCUCCAGGACGCCGCCUCCUCGGCCAGCACCUGCAAGAUCGAGCCGCUUGACGGCAAGUGCGUCUGCGCGCCCGCCACCUUUGAGAAGGUCUCGGGCGCCGCCGUCGGCUGCGUCCUCCAGGCGUGCGGUCAGGAGGUUGCCCUCGGCCAAGUGCUCCCUGGCGUCCAGAAGUACUGCGAGGCUGCCCUUGCCGGCGGCAGCGGCAGCAGCAGCGCCCCGCCCACCUCGGCGGGCUCGACUAGCACCGCUAAGCCCACCACCUCGGUCACCUCGGGCACGCCCACCUCGGCGGGCUCGACUAGCACCGCUAAGCCCAUCACCAGCACCUCGGCCAAGCCCACCACCAGCACCUCUUCGCCCAUCACCUCGGUCAAGCCCACCACGGGCAUGCCCACCACCACCACCAGGCCCUCGGGCAACUCCACCGUCACCCCUAGCGGCAAGCCAUCCAGCCCCGCCGUCCCUGCCGGCGCCGCCUCCGCCUCCGCCGGCUUCGUCGGUCUGCUGGCCGCCGUUGGCCUGGGCCUCUUUGCCCUGUAA